GCGAUCAGGGUAUAUAUUGAAGCCAACCGUGCCCGCGGGGUGCUUCUUUGACAAGUUCUCGUACGCAGCUCCAAAGUUUAGAGAAGCUCCAUCGCCAGCUUCGUCUGAACCCGUAUUUUCACGCUAAAAGCUCAUCCGAAAACACACUCGAAAAGAAAAUGCGUGAGUGCAUCUCUAUCCACGUUGGACAAGCCGGAGUCCAGAUCGGUAAUGCCUGCUGGGAACUUUACUGCCUUGAGCAUGGAAUCCAGCCUGACGGGCAGAUGCCUUCCGAUAAGACCAUCGGCGGAGGAGACGACAGUUUUAAUACCUUCUUCAGCGAGACCGGGGCAGGGAAACACGUUCCCAGGGCGGUAUUCAUCGAUUUGGAGCCAACAGUUGUGGACGAGGUUCGAACCGGUACAUACCGCCAGCUCUUCCAUCCCGAGCAACUGAUCACCGGCAAGGAGGAUGCUGCGAACAACUACGCCCGUGGUCACUACACCAUCGGCAAGGAGAUCGUCGAUCUGGUGCUGGAUCGCAUUCGAAAGCUGGCAGACCAGUGCACGGGUCUCCAGGGUUUCCUGAUCUUUCACUCCUUCGGAGGAGGCACAGGGUCCGGAUUCACCUCUCUGUUGAUGGAGCGCCUUUCAGUCGACUACGGAAAGAAAUCAAAACUUGAAUUCGCCAUUUACCCCGCACCCCAGGUCUCCACAGCUGUAGUCGAGCCGUACAACUCGAUCCUCACCACCCACACGACCCUCGAGCACUCCGACUGCGCCUUCAUGGUUGAUAACGAGGCCAUCUACGACAUCUGCAGACGCAACCUCGAUAUCGAGAGACCCACGUACACCAAUCUGAACCGAUUGAUCGGGCAGAUCGUAUCCUCCAUCACGGCAUCCCUGCGAUUCGACGGUGCCCUGAACGUCGACCUCACCGAAUUCCAAACCAACUUGGUGCCCUACCCGCGUAUCCACUUCCCUCUGGUCACCUACGCCCCGGUUAUCUCUGCGGAAAAGGCCUACCACGAGCAGCUGUCCGUUGGUGAAAUUACCAACGCCUGCUUCGAACCUGCAAAUCAAAUGGUCAAGUGCGAUCCGCGACACGGCAAAUACAUGGCAUGUUGUAUGUUGUACAGAGGAGACGUCGUCCCCAAGGACGUGAAUGCGGCUAUUGCAACCAUCAAAACCAAACGCUCUAUCCAGUUCGUCGACUGGUGUCCCACUGGUUUCAAGGUCGGUAUCAACUACCAGCCUCCUACUGUUGUACCGGGUGGUGACUUGGCCAAGGUACAACGUGCGGUCUGCAUGUUGUCGAACACUACGGCGAUCGCUGAAGCCUGGGCUCGUUUGGACCACAAAUUCGAUCUGAUGUACGCUAAGCGCGCUUUCGUCCACUGGUACGUCGGCGAAGGUAUGGAAGAGGGAGAAUUCUCCGAAGCUCGCGAAGAUCUCGCAGCUCUGGAGAAGGACUACGAGGAAGUCGGCAUGGACUCCGCCGAAGGAGAGGCCGAAGGAGCUGAAGAAUUCUAAGUUGCCCAUAUUUUAGCUGCAGAAUAACAAACCUCGAUGAAAUACAAUACAUAGGCUUACUGCACUUCAGAAUCCCAUAAUUUCUUUAGUAUGUACGCUAUGCAAAACCAUCCUUUCAACUCGUGUAUGCAUGGCGCUGAUGAUAUUAAACAGUGAAAGAUCAAAAAACCAA